GCGCGUUCUACUGGAGACAAAAAGACAGAGAGAGAUCAGCUGAAGCAGAGAAGAGAAACAAUUUAACGAAAAAGAAGAAGAAAAUAAAAGGACUGAGAAGAUGAUGUCCGGAGGAUACACAAGCAUUGAUAAUCCGAAACUCUCUGGAUCCGUUCCGGCGGUUCCAGAUCAGGGCCACGUCACCGUCAAAUUUUCAGAGUCAAAUCUACAGACAUUUCCACCUUCUGAAGCACAGGGAAAGAUUUCCAUUGCUGCUGGUCCUCCUCGUGAUGCUGAUGAUACAUUUUCAAAAUCUGGUUCUGGUGCUGGUUCUAGCUCUGGCUCUGAUGAAUCCCAGCCUAGUGGUUGGUUACGGCCGUUCUCACUUGCUACUUACAAGCCAUACUUUGAUAUUGACACUGCAGAUGUUUUAGACAGGAUUAAGGACUCACUUUUUCCCUUCAGAGAUAGCUUUAAUGAAAAAACAGCUAGUAACCCUGACUUGUAUGGACCAUUCUGGAUUUGCACCACCCUCAUAUUUGUAGCAGCUUCUAUUGGCACUUUCGUGACGUACAUAGCACACAAGCUGAAGAAUAAAGAAUGGGAGUAUGACAUAAACCUAGUGACUUGGUCUGCUGGCUUGUUCUAUGGCUAUGUCACCAUUGUUCCUCUUGGGCUAUAUGUUAUCCUUAAAUACUUCUCAGCACCAUCAGGCCUUGUUCCGCUGUUUUGUCUUUAUGGCUAUUCACUAUUUGUCUUUAUUCCUGCACUGUGUCUCUCAGUUGUGCCCUUGGAGAUUUUCAGAUGGGUAGUUGCCGGUGUGGCUGGGUUCAUGUCGGCAACUUUUGUGGCACUUAAUCUCCGAGCCCACAUUAAGUCUGCGGGAGAAAGGUGGUUCUUGAUAGUAGCGGGGAUCUUCCUGUUGCAAUUGGCUCUGUCUGUCGCCUUAAAGCUGUAUUUGUUCACCGUCACAGUAUAGAGAUAUGAGCACUCACAAUAUUUCUUCACUUCACAGCAUAAGAGUAAACUGUUCUUUCAAUACGGAGGCAUGAACGGGUUAUACAUCAUAAAGAAAAAGUUUCUGGUCCUUCAGCUUCCAAGGUCUCAGGCUUUAACCCAACAUUAUACCCCAAUUAAAUCCUUGUGUAUUCAUUCAUUUCCGGAAUAUAAAUUUGAGCGUAAGAUUUUCUUUGCUUCUUUCCAUUCUCGUUGCAAGUCAGUUGAGUGUACAUCGUCGAUAAGAUGUCAUUUUCAGUUUGAUUAUUA